UCUACGCCAGUUCUAAAUUCUAGCAUUAUCCUGAGCAACGGAAGGAUUCGUGAAACUUGAAAGACUCAAUUCGCUGCAGUGACAACGGCAGAAAUAUUUCCUGCGCUCUGAAACAACUUGUCAAAAUUGAUAAGAAGAUCGUCUCGACAUAUCAUGACGUCAUUAACAACUAUACAGACAUUUAUUUUCCUAUCAGUUUUAAUAUUAUUUCAGAGAUAUGCUAUAACAACAGCAGCAAGUUUCCACGCAGUGGAUUGCAACGCCACGACAUCACAGGCGGACUUCCAGUAUGCCUCGAGCAAUGGACAGGCUGUCGGCACAUUUCAAGUGAACAAUGGAACAUUUGACAUUUAUCAGGAGUUGAACGGAAGACCCACGUGGGCGUAUUACCGUGGAACAUUCACUUUGACGAAUGGUGGUAACACUACGAUCCCGGAAAUACCAAACACAGACAAAGUUUUGUUUGAGAUUAACUUUAACAUCGGUAACAGGACAGUCUGUAAGCGUUUCCAUGUCAACAAUUUCUGAUAACAUAUAUAGUGCAGAAUAUUGCAUAUGGUAUCUGAGACAGGGCUGAAAAUAGCGCGAGCCGUGGGUAGACGUCGACCUCUUAGCUCCAGAGCGGUCUUACUUAACAAGGAGUAACUUAAGACGCCGUACCCACAGUUCCGGGCAGUGAUGAUUGUAGGAACGAAUUCCUGCGCUGUGGUCGUUUCAUUUACAUAUUUUGAACCACGACCUAGUCCCAAAUUGGAGCGGCUACCUCAUUCAGGAAAGCAGUUUUCACCCUUGUUCUAAGAUACUGAAACAUGCAGAGAAUAUUGUUCUUUUUUCUGAUCGUACAAAAUAAAUAUUAUUGUGUGUUUUCUUUGAAAGUGAAAGACUUCCAUCGCAUUCUAAGCAGAUGAACACUGUAAUGCACAUAGCACCUACAGUUGUGAUAGUAUGAAAGACUAAAUAAGAGUAGAUUGCACUUUGUUUUUGAUGUAACAAACCAAAGAAUUUUACGAUCAUA